AUGAAGGAGGAGCUAGUGAAGGAGUGCCUGGAAAAGGGCACAAAACUGGUUCAGGCUGUUGCAGAUGCUCUGUUCAACUUGCCUUCAACUGAAGACCCAGAUGGCCCAAUUGUUACAUUGCCUCCACCAAAUACAAAAUUGCCAAGAGAGAAGCCUGUUACUGUUCAUGGCAAAGUAACAAUACUUGCACAAGAACUUCUGCAUCUUUCAUAG